GCCAACCCGCUGUUUAAAAUGGUGCGAAAAAGGGAGGCGAUAACAUUUCGAUAAAUAAUGUAAAAAGCGCCAAAAAGGUGGGAAAAAAAAAGAGGAAAAUGCACGUAUAACCUCAGAGACCUUGCUGGUGUGCCUAAAAAUGUAUACCUUACGCGUACUACAUAAGGUUGAACGGUAUAAGGGCAGAUGAUCAGUUGUGGUUCGCCAACUGAGGAGUGUUUUUUUUUUUUUUUUUGUCCCUAAAAUUGAUAAGAUGAGCAUGGCUUGUAAAAACCUACUUCUGCGGAGUAAAUUUUCACCCUUGCGCAUGGUGGCGCGCAGCCGCGUGGGGGGUAGCAGCGCACAUGGACCUGUCCACCCAGCCAGUAGAGCAGCCACGUGCGACCCUUUGGAGGGCAAACGAGGAAGUACAUUUUUCUGCCAGGGAAGCGAAAGCUACUCCGUCUGCGCGUAUAACGAAUUAGUCAGACACGGUGAUGGAAGAUCCGCCAAAAAGGGGAGUAGUAACGAAGGGGGGUAUACACGUAAUGAAAUGACCCCCCAUUGUGAGACCCCCGCGAAAAGACAGAAAAUCGAGCGAAAUGGAAAAAUGCUUAGCGAGCUUAUUUCGUUACGGAGGAUGCAAAAAAGAGACUGCGAAAAGAUAAAGCUAAUAAGUCAGCAUAUUUUCAGAAACAUUAAUUUUUACAGUUUAUACGAAAUAGGGGAUAUUUUAAAAUGCACUCAUUUUUUUAGCAUAAUUUUAAAAAAGGAGGACCUUCACAAAUUGGUGAAAAGACUCAAAGUGUUAACAUUUAACAAGAAGGGGGAGGAAAAGGUGAUGUACCAAAUUAUUCCCAAUCUGUUAAGGAUAAAAGUUGCAAGGGAGUACCAAAAUGAAGCAUUAUCAUUUACUUUGACAGCUUUUAUAAAUGAUUUGCUGCGCUUUUGGCUGAUAUUGCCUCGUUCAGAUAGGGCCAUUCCUGCCCCCAGUUACUUAAGCUAUGUGUGCUUUGCAAAGGAGGUGCAGCUAAUCAUUCUGAAUAAGUUCUGCUCAUGGCUGGAUGAAAAAUAUGUGGAUAAUUCGGUGCUCACUUUUUUACGGUCAUUUCAGAGCUCCCUGGGGAGAAAAAACAGACUUUUAGAUUACCCCUUUGUGAAAGAAGUCCGUGGAAUUCUAUCCAAACUGAAUUGCCAAAUGGAGGUCCUAAAUAUGUAUAACUAUUGUGUGCCCAUUUUUGUGAAGGACUUUCAUUUAAUUGUAGAAUGUAUAAGCAAUGAUGACACUUUUCAGGGGACCCUCACUCUUACUCCCUAUUUUUCCGAACGGUAUGAGCUAUUUAAAAGGCUCGGUUUUAAAGUUUUGCUUCUCUAUAAGCAGCGCCUGCCGAGCGCUCCGGAAGAUAAGCUAAAUUUUGUGAAGCAGUCAUUGUACGCCAUUGUUAAGUAG